UCAGCAAAGGUCACCAAACAUUGCCUGGAAGAGGUCGUCGUAACCUUUGGAGGCUAGCGCACAAUGCUGCCUCGAGUGCAGGCCCUUCCAUAGUGUGGAUGUAGACUCCGUAUCAGGCUUCACUGUGGACUGAUCUGCAAGAAUGGUCAUGGAUGCUGGUAUUAUCAAUGGGAGGAUUACUAGUCUCCCGCCGCAGCCGUCCCGGGUGGUCAAAGUGGUCCUCUGCUGCACAAAAUCAGAUACUGAGCAUGAGAGGUAUGCCUUGCUCCGGGACGCCGUGCCAGAGCUGCAACGGCACUGCCAGGAAUACGGGCUGGAUUUCCAGCUUGUGGAUAUGUACUACAGUCCAGGUGACAUCGCAACCAACGACCACGAGAUGGGGGCGUUACGAUUACGCGAGAUUGGCGACGCCCAUCGCAUAUCGCAAGGACCCUUCUUUCUGUCCAUCAUAGGCAACAAAUACGGAGACUACGUGUUGCCCACACGGAUUGACUCAACGGAAUUCAGUCACAUCAGGGAUUGUGCAUUCGAAGCUGGAAAAGAUAUUAAUAUCUUAGAUGAGUGGUACGUACCAGAGGCAGAUGUACAGGAUCAAGUCUACACACUGUCACCGAUAUCUGCUAAGCUAAAGUACUACUAUGACCUGAGUGAGGAGAACAAGGAAGCGCACGAGAAAGAUGUUGCCAAAUGGAAGAAGACGCACGACUCGUUGCUGGAGAUCCUCCAGCAGUGCUCAGAGUAUGUCCACGACGAAGGGCUGCUCAAUGAAGAACAACUCCACAAAUAUCACAUGUCAGCAAUCGAAAAUGAGAUCAUCCAUGCUCACCAGCUUUCCAACGAUGCAAGCAGAAAAUGCCUGUACAUUUUCCGCACCUUGGAUGACUUUCCGCAAAACGUGGAGAACCAAGAGAUGCACAAUUACGUGGACAUCCGGAAGCCCAGCAGGCCCAAGAUCUACAAGAAAGCCCAGGAGAGGAUCAAGUUCCUCAAAGAGACAAAGAUUCCCUCCUUGGUCUGCGAGGAGAACAUUUUCAUGUACUCGACCCCUUGGUCGACAGGUGGCAUGGAUCCAAAGAACAAUGACGAACACGCUCACUACAUCAAGGAGAUGACAUCACAGAUCAUCUUCAGAAUCAAGGAGCUCAUCAAUGAAGAGGUUGGCAAGGAGAAGGAGAACUCGCGCAACGUGGACAACUCCAAGAGCGUCUUGUCAGAAGUGGUGGCGCACGGCCAGAUCGCCGCUCUGCGGAAGAACAAUUUCAUCAGCCGGGAUUCAGUCAUCAACCAAGUGGAGGGGUUGGUGAAUCCUUUGAAGGCGGAAGCCCGGAAAGAGAACCAUCCCAUCAUCUUACACGGGGAGGCCGGUAGUGGCAAAACUACAGUGGUCUCGCAGUUGGUCCACCUGGCGCCCACGUGGCUCGGCGAGGGCGUGACAAUGGUGGCGCGCUUCAUGGGCCGGACCACUAACUGCAAGUCCAUGCGGGAUUUCCUGGAGAGCGCCAGUCGGCAAAUCAUAGAAGCCUACAAACCCAAGAAACUGACCGACCUCCCGCGAGAGGGAGAGAAGCUAGCCGAGUUCUUCGUAAAGCUAGUGACCACCGUGCCUAGCCAAGCCAAGCCUCUCCUCAUCGUGGUCGACAUCCCGGAAGAGAUCUCGCAACACCUCACCAAAAAACUCCUGGACUGGCUCCCUUGCGAAUUCCCCGCCUCCACCCACAUGGUGAUCUCGCUCUCCGACUCCCCAGCCCUCAAGGUCCUCCAUGAAAAGAUCUCAAACCAGAACCACUUCAUCCGCGUGACCUCCCUCAACGACCGGGAACUCUCUGAACUGGUCAAACUCUUUUUGACGGAGAACUCGCGGCCGUUGGCGGCAGACCAAGUCAAGAUUGUGACCCGGGCAGUGGCCAGGCACCCCCUACCGAUGUUUGCCAAGUUGAUGUGUCAUGAGGCGCAGUUUGUGAACCCAUCAGGGAACGGAAGGGACCCAGUGGCAGCGCUGAAUGAGGCAGCUAAUCUUGUCCUACAGCAUGUGGAGGAGAGGCAUGGUGUCACGAUGACAAGUCACAUACUUAGAUACCUGACGGUAGCACAUCACGGCCUGACGGAGGCAGAGCUUCUGGAUCUCUUGUCUUGCGACGACAAGCUCCUAGACAGCAUCUAUCCCGACUCCCUCCCUCAACUCAUCAGGUUCCCCUAUCAUCUCUGGGCCGCUAUCAAGUUUGAUUUGGGAUCUUUACUCGAAGAGCAUUUCAUGGACAACAAGACCCUCCUGACGUGGAGCGGCUCGGUCAUCCGUCAGAUCGCCGCCCAGCGCUACUUCACCAACAGCUGCCUCCUGGUGGAAUGUCACGCCCACAUCGCGCAGCUGUUCCUGCAAGGCUGGGUCAAGGAGAAGACGUGGUCGCUGCCGGGGCGUGACCUGGACGGGGUGGAUGCGGGGCGGAAAGUCGCGCCCCAGCCGCUGCUGUACGGGGAGACCAGAUACAAUAUGCGGAGGCUCAGCGAGUUGUGGUACCACUUGGCACAUGCUGGCGACCUGAAGCGUCUCAAGUCCUCCACCCUGUGCAACUUUGAGUACCUCCUGGCCAAGGCCCACGCCAUGUCUGUCUACCAGCUGCUGCAGGACUUUGACACGGUCCGCAGCAUGGUCAUCGACUCGGAGAUAGACCUGACCCGAAGCGCAAUCCUGCUCAGCGCUCCGGCGCUGACGGCCGACCCGCUGCAGCUGGCGGCCGAGCUGAUUGGUCGGUUACUACCGGUCAAAGUGGACUACCCAGGCAGCUUAGAAUACCUGGUCAACCAGUCCAUGGAGUGGUGCGAGCAGUUCACGCGGCCCCUCAUCGUGCCCCUCGCCUCCUGGCUGCCGACGCCCCGCGAGCCCUACGUCACCACCGUGCCCUGCGAGGGCGCCAUUCAGAAGAUGGCGCUGUCCAAUGACAACCAGGUGGUGUACUGCGUCAUACGGGACACGUUCCUGGCCGCGUUCCGGGUGGCCUCGCAUGAGAAGGUGUGGGAGGUCAAGGGUCACGACAUGGAGGUGACCUGCAUUCAGACCUCGGACGACAACAGAUGGCUCCUGACCGGGUCCACCGACAAAACGGUCAAGGUCUGGUGCACGGACAAAGCCGAGUGCGCGGCCACGCUGGCCGAACACAAAGGAGUGGUCACUUCAGUCCGGAUGACCCACAAGGGUGAGCGGAUCAUCAGUGGCUCGGCCGACUACAAGUUACGGGUCUUCAACAGCGGGACGAAGGCCUUGGAGAAGACACUGGAGGGGCACAGGGACGCGGUGAUCGCUAUCUCCGUCAACAGCCAUGAUGACGUGCUUGUGUCCGCUGCCGCUGAUUCAACUAUAAGGACGUGGAGUUUGGAGAACUUCACGCAGCUCGACGUGAUCGAGGGCCACAAAUGCCUGAUCACUCACAUGACCAUAUCCUCAGAUGACAUGUUCAUUAUCACAGCUUACGAGGACAAGAAAGUUCAAAUCAGCUGCUUACCAACUGGUUCUGAGGUCCACUGCCUUGAGCAGCAUGAUGAAAAUAUCGUCGACCUCAGCACCUGCGCCGACGGCAACCACGUCGCCAUAGCGACCAUCAAGCACAAAGUCCUGGUCUACAACAUCAAGACGCAAGAGAUCGUGCAGACGCUGACCGGCCACAAAGGUCCCGUGUCCACCGUGGCCGUGACGCGCGAUGGUCAUUUCGUGAUGACCGCCAGCAUGGACGGUAACAUCAGAGUCUGGAACAUGCCCAAGAAGUCCAACUCGGAGGUGUCGCCUUACUCACACCAAGACAAGGUCACAUGCAUUGCUCUGAGCAAGGAGGGGAUAUUUGCCAUCACUGGCUCCACCGACUGCACGCUUAGACUAUGGAACCUGGAACAGAGCCAGAUGAUGAAUAUUCUAUGCGAGCACACCAAGCCAAUCACGUGCGUCGCUCUGGCUGACGAUGCAAGCUUUGCUGUAUCUGGUUCUGAGGAUAAGUCAGUGCGUGUCUGGAGUGCUGGCUCUGGGGUGGUGGUCGUGUAUUUCACCGAACACUCAGAUGUCAUCUCAAACGUUCUCAUCACGUCAGACAACAAGCGCAUCCUGUCGGCCGACUUCAGUAACCACAUGAAGCUGUGGAGGGCUGAAUCCGGCGAGGUCCUGCUCUCGUGCAGCGGCCCGUCCUCCAUGGUCACCCUGACCCCCAACAACGACUUUGCCAUCAGCGGUGAUCGCAACGAGCUGAUGAAGAUCUGGUCCGUGGGCAGUGGGGAGUCGGUCAAGACCAUCAACCACGUGGAGACCAUCACCUGCCUGGUGGUGACCAAGGACAACCACUUCACCAUCACCGGGUCCGAGGAUAUGUCACUCAAGAUCUGGGAGACGGAGACUGGAAAACUCACUCAGAUCCUCGCUGGGCACGAUGACAAGGUAUCCUGUGUCGCCACGGCCGACCACAACCGUCAUGUGAUCUCAGGGUCACAUGACAAGACGCUGAUCAUCUGGAACAUGGGUACCGGUGAGAUUGAGAAGGUGCUGACCGGCCACACGGACAUUGUCACCAGCGCCAAGAUGACCAGCGAUGGCAGUAUUGUGGUUUCUGGUUCUCACGAUGGUACAGUGCGUGUCUGGGCCGUGCAGACCGGCCUGCUAGUCACGGCGUUCCACAUGAACGUCCGUGUGGCAGAGCUGCAGAUGUCAUUUGACGCCAGCCACAUUGUCGUCCGUCUGCUGGAGGGAGGUUGCGCGCCGCUGCUCUGCCUACACAACAGCCCGGCGACGGACAUCAAGUCGCAGAGCCAGGUGGACAUCGACAUCCGGGAAGGCCAGCGUGAUUCGCGACCUAGUGAGCCCGGUACAGAGGAAGAAUCCUCCAGCACGGUUCUCCCGAUCAAACCCAAACCGCCGCUGGUCCACAAGCAGACCUCGCUCCAGAUGCCGGCCAUCUCACGCAAGUCCACCACCUCGGCGCCGGACACCUCCCGACCCAAAGCCAUCGUGGCGUCGGCCAAGGCGCGGCACCAGAGCUACCAGGACGCGACCCCUCAGUCCUCGGGCAAGGCCAAGAAGAACAAGAAGUCGGGGGUCUGUCUGCUCUUCUGACUGGCAAGAUUCAGGAGACGGUAGCUGCCUGUGUUUAGAGAGAGUCUUUGUUGAAGGGUUGGUCUUGAGUUGUCGGUCUUGAAUGCCAUCACUUGCUGCUAAGAAACUCACAUCGAAAAAUUUCCAAAAAAUCAGAAAAAAGGGGGUUUCGUCUGUAUUUCACUUAACUUUCAAUACUUGGGAGAAGCCAUAAAGUCGAGUCCAUCUCAAUUCCAUCAUAAGUCUGGUAACGAGUAAAUCACAAGUCCAGUCACAAGUUAAAAGGAUGAACAACAACAAAGGGAUGCCCUUUGUCACAUUUUAAUUUGAAUAGCUUGUGACUUGUGAUGAUCUGUGAGAGUCUUGCGAUGAUCUGUGAGGCUCUUGCGGUGAUCUGUGAGGAUCUUGUAAUGAGCUGUGAGGCUCUUGUGAUGAUUGGUAUUAUGCUCUUGCGAUGAUCUGCGAGGCUCUUGCAACGAUCUGUGAGGCUCUUGCGAUGAUCUGUGAGGCCCUUGUGAUGAUCGGUAAGGCUCUUGUGAUGGACUUACAAGUAUUGAAUUUUGGCUGGUAACCGAUCUUACUUGCUUAGCAGGGAUGAACGCUAAGCAGAUUUUUGUACGGAAAGAAGAACUUCGAAUUUAGAUGCGAGUUGUGCUUGAGGAGCAUUCUUAUUAAGACUUCACAUCAAACGUACUCAAGGAUCUAAAAAUAAAAAUAUGCUACGGGAUUGUCAGCUGUAUAAUGAGUUUGACCUUUCGUAAGUGGAGCAACCACAGGAGUAAAGCUACAACUGCGAAACACGCAGCUUAGUUGACAGACGUAUCACUUGUAGAUGCGCGAAUCCGGUCAGCAGAAAUCGCCUCGAGUGAUUCCAACAGGAAGUAAUUAAUCAGCGACCUGCAAUAUGAGAGAAGUGUCAGUUGCCAUACGAUAUUGGUAGGUCAAGAAGUGUGCCAAAUACUCCUCGACCCUUUCGCAAGUCGGUGAUGAGCUCACUUGAGAUGCUCCUCAGGCUGUCAUUAACACGGUCAAAAGCAAGAUGCCAGUCGUUUUGUAAAUUUGCGACAAUCCUGUACUUUUAAUCCACGAGUAUGUGAAUUCUUUUGGUGCUCCUCAAAAGCGAAAGCAGCAAGUUAAGGACCAACGACCACCCUUCAAUAAACGGAGCGAGGACGGUUAACAAAUUCUGUCAUGCCAUGUCAUAUAGUUAAUAAAUAAUAUCUCUCACUUUUGCUCAUUACUUUUUUCCCUGCUUUUUUUUGUUUUGGUCGCACUCUCACAUUUUUAUCACUUUGUAUAGAAUAGCCACUCACAGUCCGAACUCUUGUGUUAAAACAAGUGGCCACUAUAGGCAGGUUGGCUCAGCCAUCCAGCCUCAUUGAGCGCUUAUAAAAACUGUCAGCGUUUACAGAAGCUGGCCGCAGUGGGCAGGUCUGACACGUUCAUAAGAAUUUUCCUCACUUUUUUUUUCCCUUCAUUUCUGGCGGAUUGUUGAUUUCAGGAUUUCAUUGUCUAUCUACACUUGUUAUGUCUGUUAGGUAGUAAAGUCAACUCACGUCUCCGUGGAGGCGGUUUGAAGGAAUUCUGUAAUUGUUGGCGGAUCAGGAGAAUAAACAAGUAAUGUUUUGAUUUUAAUGAGAAAUCAUACCAGCGGUGCAAUCAUUUUUUUAUUAUUAUUAAAAGUUACAAAAAAUUGAUUUGAGCAUUUUGAAAACGCCUUAGACUUGACUCAGUCCUACAAGAGUUUGAACGAGACACAGCAAGUUCUAAGGCCUUUUCACCAGCUUCUAUUUAUUCGAGACUGGAAAAAAAAAUCAUUUUUGAAAAAUUUGGCAAAACAUUAAUAGUUUUUUGAAUUCAAAUUAGACCAUUUGGGUUGGAAGCUAGUUUGCGUUGGCAUGCAACAGAUGAAGUGACUCCAAGCGAUGGGACUACAUCUUGAAAAGGUGUAUUGAUAACACAGGUAGUGCCUUCUCCUGGUCACUAAGCAACCGGUAAUUGACCAAAUCACACUGCGUAGGGAUAUUGCAUUAAAAGUCUUACCUUUGUUGGUGAUAGGUGAAAUUGAGAAUCAAAAAAUGGAAUAAAUUGAACCAUGAAGAAAAAAAAUUUUGGCUUAAAACUAAAUUCCUGUGUGAGACAGAUGACCAUUUUCACUUAACGAUACUUUAUAUAUUCAGUUCAGCCCAUUUUUAAAAGAGUGUGAUUUUCUGGAUAAAUCUUGAUGCUUCAACUAAAACGAAACUUUUAAAGAUUUCUGGACUAGAGGCACAUAAAUAGAAAUAAAGGAAAAUCUGAACUUAAACAUGUAGUUUGUUAUUAACUGUUCCAUUCUCAAAAGUAUCACUGAAAGAAAAUGAAGAAAAAAAGAACAAAUGUUUUUGACAAUUUAUGAAUAAGUUGUUCAUACAAAAACAUCUUUUCUGAUGACUUUCAGUCAAACAUUUUGGCCAAGCAAAGAAAGCUUUUUUUGUUCAUGUGGAUUGAGCGAUAGCCCCAUAAAAAAAUUCUAAAUCAUUUUUGAAGACCAGAUCUUGAAACAAUUGAAAACAAAAAAAUACUAAAUAUUCAAUUAUCGGUUGCUUAGUUAGUAAUCACCAGACCUCCAAUCUACUGACUGGAGUAUUGAACGAACAAACAAUCUUUUUUCUAGUGCAUAUAUAUUGUGUAUAUACUCGUAAAUAAAAUAAAUAAUCUAUAAAUAUUUACUCUAUAAAUAAAGAAUUACCCAAAUUUAAUAUAUAUUCAGUAUAUUUAAGCGUAUGUUAAUCAAAUUUUUGUUCCAGUUCUGAUUAAAAAAAAUGAAUGUGACGUAGAAAACAAUAGGUAUGUCAGAUUAAUCAUUUUGAAAAAAUUCAAUUGAUAUAAUUGGUCUUUUGGAAAAAUUAUUUACUGACAAUCAAGAUUUUGCUGAUCUUGGAAAUUAAUUGAAAGGGAUUAUCUCAAAAUUGUUGGAAAACCUUACUUCUGUAAAUCCUUACUUCUGUUACUUAGAAAAAGCAUGUUUAAAUCUUCUCAAGAUUUAACGAAGGAUGUGUACCAAAUUUGUGAACAUUUUUAAGUUUUAUUUUUUGAAAUAACCAGAGCACUGACUUUUUAUAUUUAUUGUUAUGUAUAAAGAUGUACUGUUUCAAAAUUGGUUUGUUUAUGUGCAAAAAUCAGUCUUAAAAAUAAAUUUACAUUUCCUUUAUAGGCAAAACAAAAAGGGCAUGGCACGAUGUUAAGUUGGAACUAGUCGGGAAAAAAGUAAUAUAAAUACAUGUAUUUCAACCCAAAAUAUAAUGAGUUUUAAAGACAUUAUGAUAAAUAAUAAUUAGUUGUGUCUGUCUUGUUGGUUGUUUAUUUCGACCCUAUAGAAAGUACUAGCUUUUUUUCACAUAACACAAAAAUCAGUACAAUUUUACUGUAAAAUUUUAGAAUGGCAUUUACACAAUACUCUCAACAUUCCAAUAUGUAUCUGUUUGUGAGUACAAGAUUUAGUUUCAAGUUGGAAAUUUAUCUUGCCCUAAAAUGACAUCAAACAAAAACAUCGUGACUGUAUAUACUGCGGUUUAUUAUUAAAAGCGGAUUUGAGGAAAUAAUCGUGUAACUGCGAUUGUGUAAAAAACAACUAAAUUGGUCAAAAAUUCAUCUUUGUAAUGUGAUAACAAACUUAUGGGUGCUCUUAUUAACUGGAGUCAGUGGGAUGCUGUAUAGGUAACAUGCAUAACAGGCUGGGUACCAGUUUGAUCUUCGUCACGAGUUGUAGAAUGUUCAUGCUUUCUGUGUGAGUAGUUUCAGUUAGAACAAUUUCGCGGAAAAAGCAGGGUUGUAAAAUGCCAAAGGAACAAAUGAAUUAGGUAGGAAAAUGUGGACUUGGGUUUAAAAAACAACAACUUUGAAGCUACUUACACGUCAGAUUUGCACUAUUUUCUUGUAAAUACAUCUGUGAAACAUUUCUUCUCGUCUUUUGUAAAAAUAAACUUCACGUUGUUGUUUUUGUGUUUGACCACUGCCUUUCAUCACUUAUUCUCACAUUCCUCGACUUUGCUGUAUGUAAAAAAAAAAGCCAACGUCUGUACAUUUAUGAGCAUUUUUUUGGUGUUAAAUGGGAACUUUAGGAAAACGUGAAUGUUGUUUUGUCUGAAAUUGUAUUGUGACUUCAAACAAAAAAUAGUCAUAUUUUCUGUUUUAGACUUUUACUGUCCAGUUCCAAGUUUAAAAACAAAUAAUCUCUCUUGCUGGCCAAAUUUUCCCAUUUUUUCUCCGUAAUAUCGGGAGCCAUGUGUAUCAAUGCAAAUAAAGUUAUGAAUAUUUAAAAAUUGUGCUUAAUACGAUCAGGUCAAGGUUUUUUUUUAGAAAAAGUGCAUACUAAAACGGUUGUUAGGUAAUGGCAAACAAAAAAUGAAAUAGAACAUAUGUUCUGUCUAAAAAUCUUAGCUUGUCAAAAAUUUGGAGCAUGUAAAAUUGUCAACAUCGAAUUGCAGAUGUAGUGUACAUAUAUAUGUAUCGUAACAAAUUCUUUCCAUAUUUGAAUACAUUGUUGGGUUAUACAUGCAUGGUUUUUAAGACAACAAUACAUUACAAAAAAGCUUUUUUCUUUCAAAUUCUACAAAUCAGUACCUGUAUAUAAAAUUUGUUUACAGAAAGAAAAAAAAAACUUUACUCGAUAAUAAUGUAAAGCUAAGAAGGAUGGUUAACGUUGUAAAGAUUUGGUUGUGAGAAUCUUGGAGGUAGGUGAUAAGUGCACGUGGGCUACAUCUAGUAACAGCAUUUGGAGAGUUCAUGUAUAAUGUACAACAUGUGUUUGAACUGCCUACUCAACAAAAAAUGCUGUGAAAAAUGCUGUGCUGGUUGAUUUUUUAAAGGGAUUCUUGCAUUUCAUUGUAAAAAAAUGAGGACAGUUUGUGUUGUACAACACUGAAAAUGCAGAGAAACUUAUAGCCAUGCAUAGUGCUGUUAUUAUGCUUCGAGGUUUCCAGCAGAAUUUUGGUUUUUGGAUCAAACGUAUUAGAAUUGACAUAUAUUACAUGUGGAUAGUCUCCAUUUCCAUACGUCUUAUUCUCUUCUCGUUUUUGAUUAAUGACAGUAUAUGAUGGAGACCACCGUCCAGUGAAUCAUCAUUAUUCCUGGAACGUCUUGUUGAUUUUUUGGAUGAAAUCUCGGUCAGGAAUGAUUAAGAAGAAAAAAAAAGGUAACGAUAGUGGAAACAUUGAUCGAAGUGAGUAAGAGCCGAGCUACAUUAAUGAUACACUGUUCUACAUUUCUGCUUACAAAUGUUCAACCUGAGACGCCAAAUGGAUCAACAAAAUUGAUUUUUUUUUUCCGGGGGGGGGGGGGGAUACAUCAAAAGCGGGCAAAAGGUUGGCGAGGGAAUGGAGAUAGACAUCAAAUGUAUGUUAAGAAAAAAGCGUCAUCUCUUUUAUAAAAAGCAAAAUUGGAAUGUUACUGACUUGGUAAGUGAGGCCGCAUCUAAAUUACAUGGCUACUGCUGGUGUUAAAACACGUGUCUAUAUGGGAAGUUGAUUUAGCUGUGAUUACAAACUGUAGCCGCGGCCAGUUAUGAUGCCUGGUGCUUUUGUUCACAUGACUUUGCGAUUGUUUGUUUCGUAGGUAGUGGUGGGACACACACAGAAUGAGAUUCUCUGUACAUUCCUUUAUAUUUGGAAUUCUCAAUUUGUGGUUUAUAUCUGUAAAAUAUAUCAUGCGAGUAGUACAGGUAAACGACAGUGUGCUAUAUUGCUGAUUGAGAUUUUGUUUUCUUUUUUAGAUUUGAGGAAAAUGGAGCACACUGAAUACUUAUUUUUUUCAUUGUUGACGAUUGACUGUACUAUUUGCUCACAAAGAAAGUGUUCAGUCACAAAAUACGAUAAUAUCCACCACGUUUAGAAGAAAGGUAAGGAUCAUAUUUAAACUAUAUUAUUCAAAUUGUUGUGUGCUUCUGCAUUUGUUGUUGGUAAGAUGUAGCAUAAAAAAAGCAGGCAUGGUUUCAAAUUCAGUGUAAGAGUAAAAUUACAGAAAGUUUUUCUGUCGUAAAAUGAGGGGGACUGUGUUUUGAAUGGAUUUAAUAAUUGUCUUUAAGUCUAGGUUUUUAACUUGUCCUUUUUUUUUUGAAGCAGCCUGCUUAUAAAAUUUAAACAUUUGAAUAUCCAGUACUUUGAAAAAGGUAGAUUGUAUAUAGGAGCGAAACUGUUUAUAUUAAGCAACUCAUAUAAAAAAAAAUAAUAAUCCGCAGGUUUCCCAAGAGUAAACUGAAGUUUAAGUUAUUAAAAUGUCUGUCAAUGUGCUAAUAUGUUAGUUCAAAUCCAUAAAUUGUAAUGCCAUUUUUUUUCUUCAAAAGUAGUUCAAAUAAUAUGCAAGUGUAUGUACAAUUUCAUAAUAGGCUUUCAUUCGCUUCAAACUUAAAAAUCAAAAGGCGUUUACUACAACAAAUGUACCUCCAACAAGUGUGGUGAACUCUAUAGACCAAUUACUUAAGAGAAAAGGAACAAAAAUUCUUCGAGAUUAGAAUAUUCCCUGCAGGUACUGUAUGAGGCAGUUUUUUGGUACAGUUGGAGCUUGGUAUGUAUAACGGCAAGAUUGGAGAUAUGUAAAGUGCAAUAAAAGCACAGAUAUUAAGAAA